AUGAAUGAAAUACCUGGUGAUAAUGUACAACAACACUUGUACAAGAUAUUGGUAAUAGGAGAUUAUGCAGUUGGAAAGACAUCGAUCAUUAAGCGUUAUUGUACUGGUCAGUUCUCACCAAACUAUAAGCUGACAAUUGGUGUGGACUUUGCUGUAAAGGAGAUAGAGUGGGACAAGAACACAUCGGUCAGUCUGCAACUAUGGGACAUUGCAGGACACGAACGUUUCGGAACGAUGACCAGAGUCUACUAUAAAUACGCGAUUGCAGCCAUCAUUGUGUUUGAUCUGACGAGACAAACCACCUUUGAGGCCGUGACCAAAUGGCGAGAUGACAUCAACAGCAAAGUGGUACUGGGCAAUCAAGAGCCCAUCCCAGUUCUGCUGUUGGCUAACAAGUGCGAUAUAAAGGAUGCGAACAUUGAUAAGGAGAUGCUGGACAACUUUGUAAAGGAACAUAACUUUAUUGGAUGGUAUCCAACAUCGGCACAGAGCGAUAUCAAUAUCAAUGAAGCAAUGUUGUUCCUGACAGGCAAGGUGUUGGACGUUGCCAAGACCAACCAGCCACCAAAGCAGAUCGACAACAGUCUAUUGAAUUUGAAGGAGAACGAGAAGCCAAACAACGCCAAGCAACAAGGAGGCUGUUGCUAA